GGUCCGACCUCAUAUAAAUACCAUACGCAGGGUUAUGAGUCAGAGUUCGUAGUCUGUGAAACACGAACCAAUGAUUCCUAUAUGUCCAGUGGUCUCCUUCACCUAUGUGCCCAGCCGGCUAGGUGAAGAUGCUAAAAUGGCUACCGGCAACUACUUUGGAUUUACCCACGGUGCUGCCGCGCAGUACAGUCAGCAGCCGGGCGCGGUGGCCUACACCCACCCUACCACCGUGGCCAGCUACACAGUACACCAGGCACCGGUGGCGGCCCACACCGUGGCAGCAGCCUACGCUCCCACUGCUGCCACGGUUGCUGUAGCCAGGCCCGCCCCAGUUGCCGUGGCAGCCGCAGCCACCGCCGCAGCCUAUGGCGGGUACCAGCCGGCGCACGCCACCGCAGACUACGGCUACGCACAGCGCCAGCCGGACGUACCGCCGCCGCCUCCCCCGGUCACCUCCCAGAACUACCAGGACUCCUACUCCUACGUACGGUCCACGGCCCCGGCGGUGACCUACGACCCUAAGCAGUACUACCAGCAACCCGUAGCUAGCGCUGCGGCAGCCGUACAGCCCCAACCCACCGCCGAGUCCUACUACCAGACUGCCUCCCUCAACACAUCCUGGGACACCACGUGGAAGAAAGCUCUACCAGGUGAUGGCGACUUUACAUUUUUACUAGAUAUAGUCAUUCCUGGUUUGAUUUUUUUGGACAUUAGUACAUGUUCCUCGUACUAUGUGGUGAAGCUGCACACCAAGCUGGGGAAGCCCAUCCCCUCGACAGAACCCAGUGUGGUGACCCAGACCCCUACGUCGACCACGGCCGCCCCCUCCAAGACMCCUGCUUCCUCUUCCUCCACCCUCACAUCUAACUCUUCCUACCUGAAAUCGGUCAACAUUGUCAGCCAGGCUGGGAUAGGGAAGGGUCCAGCCGUCAACAGCCUAUCAGCAGCCAAUGCCACCACAGCCGUCAAGAAGGUCAACACCCCCAAGAUCAACUUUGUUGGAGGAAGCAAGCUUCAGACUACUGGGAAAGUGACCGAGGAAGCCAAGGUGGAGGCAUCCAAACCGCCUCUGCCCUCAUUGGUCCCCCAGGUUCAGGAGUCCAAGAACGAGUCCUCCGAGUCCCUGUCUGCGUCCACCCUGGCUGCCCUGCAGAGUGAUGUGCAGCCUGUUGGACAUGACUAUGUGGAAGAGGUACUGUUGACAUCUAGAACACACAGGACACCUGAAUGACUGACAGGUGUAGUA